UUUGUCAGAUAUGUGUCUGAAAGCGCAAAUCAGAAACCCCAGCCUGUUUACACCCGCCUUCCUAGACACGUUGCCUAAGGAGAAGUUACACGGGGUGCCCGAUUGCGGGACUUCGUCACUGAAACCACCGCAUCGCACAGCACAAUCUCUCUACCUAAGUGUACCGGGUUUACCUCUGAACAAAGGAAAGUGCGAUUCACUCCCUUCUGCUAAGGUCCGUGAUGAUUGCUGGCGGAUAGGUCCUGUGCCUGAAGAUGUCCGCGUCAGAUUCUGACUACUCCAUCGACUGGCUGGCCAGCGACGAUGAAGACUGUGAAAGCCUUUCGGAGCUGGACUGCAAGGGCGGAGCCGGCGCGAGUCAGACUCCGCCCUCACCUGUGACAUCGGGGGCGGAGUCCCGCGCGGCCCAACCGCGACGCCAGACCGCGGAGAGUGACUGUAGCGGCGUGAAGGAGGGGAAGGGGCCCGACUGCGGAACCCCCUCCAGGGGCGCGGGGCCCUGCGGGGGUAAAGGGUGCGGCGGCCUCCUCUUCCUGGGGCAGGAGGUGCAGUGCGGGCCCCUGUGGAGGUCAGCGCUGUACGUCACGGAGGCCUCACCGGGCGCGGGGCCCCGACACGCUCUGAAGAGGCCCCGCAGCCCGGGGACCCAGGUCUACUGGCCGUGGCAGCAUCCCAUGAAGACGCCCAACGAUGAACUGUUCGCUCGAAAGUGCUCGGAGCUGCAGUGCUACGUCCCCCACCUGUCGUCCAUCCUGAGCGGCCUGCGGUCCGGACGCUACCGAGAACGUCUGAGCAGUUUCCAGGAGAGCGUUGCUAUGGACAGGAUCCAGAGAAUAAUGGGAGUUCUGCGGAACCCGUGCAUGGGCGAGCGCUACAUCAACAUCAUUCUCAAAGUGGAAGAAAUGCUCAGGAGCUGGUUCCCCAAUGUGAAACCCAAAGACCAACCUGGCAGCCACCAGACGGACGAAACCACUCCUUCCAAGAGGCUGAAGCUUUGCCCUGCCAUCACAGCCGAGAGCCCCGUGGACCUCAGCGUCUCCCCCGGCAACAAGGCCUUCGGGGUGAGCGACCCCGUUCCGCCGGGCGGCUACUCGGCCACCCACCUCAAAUGGCUCCACACGUCGCCCAUCUGCUCCCCGUCGGCCGCGCUCGCCCUGGGCAGGCUGGGGCGCUGGCGGGGUCCUGCCCCCGGCGGCGACGACCUCACGCAGGACAGCGCCGUCUCUUCCAGCACCGACCCCCCUCCCGGGGCCCCGCGGCGGCCCCCGGGCAAGAUCGUGGCCCCCUGCCUGGAGAGGCUGCUCAAGUCCACCGAGAGCAUCAUCACCCGCAAGGGCGCGGAGGGAGUCCUGAAGGAGAGCGGCUGGUCUUAGCCCAGAGAAGGACAUCCCCGCGCUCCACCUCCCCCCCGGCUGAUCCCAGAGCAGUGGGACUGGGCCAUCCGCGGGAACAGAGACCGCGCUCGACCGGCCAGCACUGAUCUGGAGUCAGUCCUUCAGAGGGGGGGGGAAAGAAAACCCAUUCCAGCCUUCGAACGAGUCGCAGUUCCCGAAAUGUGAUUUUUAAGGCACGACGGAGGUCUCUUUCGACUCCAGGGGGUUUGUGGUGAAAGCCAGCCGUGCACCUGCCCGUCCCAACGUGGCGACCGGGACGACAUUCGUCGAUCGCGCUCAACACUCUGGGACUUUGAUUCCGUCGCGCACGAGCGGGCGCCGGAAUGGCCUCCGGUCGGGAAGGGAACCGAAGACGCGUCCUCCGAACCUCCUUCUGCAGGAGACGCACGUGCGUCGGGAGCAUGCUCAGCGUUGCUUCGGUUAAGGGAAAGGGCCUGGGGGGUAAGGCGUUUUGGGAACACUUACGUAAGACACGGACGUGUCGGCGGUAUAUCCAUGUAGACGUGGCGUACGCACGAACUGAACGUUGACGUGAGACGUUUCGUCUGUGCGCGUGCAUGUCCACUUUAGCUCAGAGUCGAGCGACAUCCGAUGACUGUUACUUCAUUAACUUCUCGUUAAGUUUUGAUACAAUGCCUCUACCUCAGGUUGACACGUCCUCGUUAAGGUUGGAACAUACUGUAAACGGAUGAAGGCAGAAGGAGAAGGGGAGGUGGGGACGCGUCUCCCGCGCGGGGGCCCAAUCCCGCGGAGACCGGGGGGCCCUCGAGGUCGGGCCCCUAGGGCUGGGACCACCGUGGAGGAUGUGAACAGCACAGACGCUCGGGAAAGGUCUCCCUCGGUCCCGAAAGGCAGCAGCAGUGCCUGUCACUCUUGACGCGGAGCCACGCCCGUCGGCUGGCUGAAUGGAAGAGCACCGUACCCCCGACACCUGAACUCCAGAAGGACUCGCAGAACCCUGCCAUUUCCUGUAUCUGGUAAAUUAUUAAACCCUUGCCAACCCGCAUUCUGCGGUCAAGUUAACCAAUUUUCUGUCAACACAAGCUGGACACAAUGUCUAACUGGCACCCAGCUGAAGGGGCGGGGGGGGGGGAAGGUAUAUUACUUUUAUGUAAAUAUUCUGAACCAUGUUCCAGGUUGUUAAUUUACCCGACAAAAGUGGCCUUUACAGUGUGAUAUUUUAUACUUUCUAAAUAAAUGUGGUUAUAUUUGUUUGGCAUAAAUGAGUGUUAUUGCUGCGUUUUUCCCUUGGUACCGUAGCUUUAGCAGCGACUUUCAGCAGCUGACUUCCAGCAGCUGUGUACAGUAAGAAGCCACAAGAAUUCAGUAUUUUAAGCAUUUAUUGUUUUUUUUUCUGCUUUAGGAAACUCGGCAUUGACAAUUCAAAAUUAAAACAAAAUAAAUAUGAAUAUUUAUGUAAAACUUUUUCCUAAUGAAGAAUUAUACACAAUGUACAAUUUUGUUUUUUUCUUUUUUCAUUGGGCUGGUUAACCUAUACACAUUUCCCAACAAAUUAAACAUUCCUCCAUGCAAACUUAAAAAAAAAAAAAAACCCUGAAAAUAGGAUGGAGCAAAGAAAAAAACCAACAAAAAAAUACUCAAUUCACUGCUUGUGUCGAUUGUUUUUUUUUGUUUUUUAAACUGCUAAUAAACCACAAGGUGAAAAUAAAAA